CCUAAUAAAUACUUUGAUUACCAACAAUAAUAGUAAACAAAAGGAAUGAACUAAUUGAAUUACUAAUAAUGCAGUGUGUAGCAUGUUCCAAUAAAGCUUCAAAUAAAAAAGAUGGUAUAUCUUUUCAUGUGUUUCCAAAGGAACAAUAUUUGAGAGAAAAAUGGGAGUCCUUGAUCCCACUUGAAGGAUGGAAAGCAACAAACAGUAGUAAACUAUGUUCCAUCCACUUUACACAAGAUGAUUUUGAAAGGUCUUCACCAUUCAGAGUUUACUUGAAGAAAGGAGCCAUACCUUGUAAAUUUGAUGUAGCUUAUUUGAACAAGAAAGCAAAGAAAUCAAAAAACUUUAAACAGACAAAUACAGAUACUAAGAAGAAUGAACAUAGUACAAAUAAUGGGACUAACCAAAAAGCACAAGAUUUAAUUGAUUUGGUUGCAAAUGCAGAUGAAAGUGAUGUAAAUCCACAACCAAAAGUUGUUAAUCCAAUUAAUCAAGUUCAUUGUGAUACUGUACAACCAGAAAUAGUUGUAGAUAAAGAAAUUGGUAAAAAUUCGACUGAAAAUUAUAAUAAUAAAUGUACAAUUAAAGUAGCGGAUUAUGCGAAUCUUAAGAAAAUAAAUGAUCUCUCAUCAAAGCUUUCAUCAAAGGAAGAUCAAUUGAGGAACGCUAGAAAAACGAUCAAAAUAUUACAUCAGAGUAAGCGAAGGUUACAAAAGAGAGUGACGAGUUUGAAAAGUGUAGUUAAAAGCUUGAAUGAACGGAAUUGUGUUCAAGACGAGUUUUGCCAUUUAUUAAAAGAUACUACUAAUCCAGCAACGCGUCUUCUGCAACGACAAGCGGAUAAAGUUGAAAAUCCUCAAACGAAGAAAGUUUAUGAUGAAGGUGUUAGAAGUUUUGCCAUUAGUUUAAACUUCAUUUCACCUAAGGCUUAUAAGUAUGUUAGGAAUACGUUUAAAUCUUGUUUACCGCAUCCUAGAACGUUAUUAAGAUGGUACGAAACGAUUAAUGGAAAUUCGGAGUUAAAUAAUGGAAAAAGGGAAUUCUCCAUCAACAAGUCCUCAACCUUAUGGAGAGCUUCUUGAUCAUGACUAUGGUUUGACGCAACCAGUUGCUGACGUUUCAGAAAAUUAGUUUAGUUUAAUGUUUAUAUAGACUGUUAACAGUUAUCUUUGUAUCCGAAUUUACAAUUAAUUUAUAUGCUAGUCACAGACUAAGCGAAAGAGUUAUGUAGAGAAGAAUCUAAUUUAUAAAAUAUUUUAUAUAUUUACCCAUAUAAUAUGAAUUGUAUUCUUUCAUUUUGAAAUAAUUGUAUGUUGUGUUGCCUGUUACCAUCUUGGACCGGUACGAAUCGAAAUUCCGACAACCGAAAUCUCGACAAUCAAAAUCCAGAGAUUUGAAAUCCCAACAAUUAU